CGUUAUGCCGUGUUUGUUCUGUGUGCUAAAGAUGUUAUACGAAUAUAAAAUAAAUAAGCUUUUAACCUGCUGUUAUUAAUCCACGCAGCAAUGAUAUAUUAUCUUGUGAUUUUUUCCCUCCUGAUCUACUUUAUUCCUAAUUGGGUCAAAGUGGAAAAUGCCGGACCAACGAGCUCUAAAGAACCCUUAUCUGGACUAUAAUGGACCCGAGAGCUCACAGGACCUGUUCGACUCUCAAGGCAAACUCAUGCCUGCUUUUGCAGGUCGUAUUUGCAGUAAGAUUAAGGAGCUGCUGGCUGUGAUGGAGAACGGGCUGAAGACCGCCGACCCAAGCGACUGCACCGGAUACACAGGCUGGGCAGGCAUCGCCAUGCUCUAUCUGCACCUUCACUCGGUCUACGGAGACCCUGCGUUCCUUCAGAGGGCGCUGGAGUACGUGAACCGCAGUCUGACAAGUUUAACCCAACGGUGGGUCACUUUCCUGUGUGGAGACGCCGGGCCGCUUGCAGUGGCCGCUGUUAUUUAUCACCGAUUGCAGAGACCCCAGGAAUCAGAGGAGUGCAUCAACAGGCUGAUGCAGUUGCACAAAUCAGUAGUAAAAGGUUCAGGCAGCCUCCCAAAUGAGCUGCUGUAUGGCCGUGUGGGCUUCCUCUUCUCCCUCAUCUUCAUCAAUCAGCAGUUCCAGCAGGAGAAGAUACCUACACAGUACAUUCAGCAGAUCUGUGAUGCUGUGGUGAUAUCGGGUCAGAAUCUGGCUCAGAGGAUGAGGGUGGAGCAGCAGUCUCCCCUCAUGUACGAGUGGUACCAGGAGCAGUAUGUGGGUGCUGCCCAUGGCCUUUCAGGCAUCUACUACUAUCUCAUGCAGCCUGGUUUCAUCUCUAACCACAGCAUUGUGCCAGCCCUCGUGAAACCUAGCGUGGAUUAUAUGUGCCAGCUAAAAUUCCCUUCAGGUAAUUACCCUCCAUGUCUCGGUGACAACCGUGAUCUCCUAGUGCACUGGUGCCACGGCUCUCCCGGGGUCAUCUACAUGCUUCUGCAAGCUUACAAGGUGUUUGGUGAACAGCAGUACUUGCAUGAUGCCAUGCAGUGCGGCGAGGUGAUUUGGCACAGAGGUCUCUUAAAGAAGGGUUACGGAUUGUGUCAUGGAGCAGCAGGAAAUGCUUACGCUUUUCUGGCUCUCUACAAACUCACCCAGGAGCCCAGAUACCUCUACAGGGCCUGCAUAUUUGCAGACUGGUGCAUGAACUAUGGGAAACAUGGCUGCCACACUCCAGACACUCCUUUCUCUCUCUUUGAAGGAAUGGCUGGAACGAUUUACUUCCUCGCCGACCUCCUGCAGCCGUCGACCGCCAAGUUCCCAGCGUUCGAGGUGUAAAGGUUCACUGCUAUACAACGUCGCAAGCUAAUCAGCGCUUGAAGUGCAAAACCUCAUCCUGGACUUUUAGCUUCUUCCAGGAUUGGAGACACACACACACACACAUACACAUACACACAUAUACAAAUACACACACACACAGCUGUGUUAUUGGUUCUUGUUGCUCCCCAUGCUGUAGAGAAUGUGUGCAUGCCACUUGUGCAGUCAUCCUCUUCAUUCUCCAUCUUUUUGCCUUCAGUUUAACAUUGUAAACUAAAAACAGGAAGUAGCGAGCUAAAUCUGUGCACUGCAUUUGAAAAUCUCUGCAUUAGAGUCGUUUUCAGUCGUAAGAUAAGGAUCGCGAAAGGUGAUAUUUUUGUAUUUGUACAUUGUCUCUCCAUUUGCUUUUCAUAUAACAAUGAGCUGUUAAACAAUUAGUGUAAAGCACUAGAAGCUGCUUGCUUAAUUAGCACUUUAAUUUAAAUUUGCAAUUGUUUGUGGUAUUUCUAAAUUUACUCUGCAAGUCUUAAUAGUACCUGAUUAUUUUAAGGAUUUCUUUUCUUUUUCUUUUUUUUUUAGGACCUUACAGUACUGUGUUUUUUUUUUGUUUGUUUUUGUUUUGUUGUGCAUGCAUUUGCAUCUGCUCAGUAAUAAAUGCUAAAGGGAAAUAA